GCAGAACCAUCUCCCAAAGUCGCUCCUGACUCCUUUGAAAGGCGGUCCUUCCCGCUGUCCUCGAUCGUGGGCAAUGACGCAGCGAAGAAAGCGUUGCUGAUCGCUGCGAUCGAUCCCAAGCUGGGGGGCGUUGCGAUCGCCGGCCCGAGGGGCACAGCGAAGACGGUCAUGGCGAGAGCUUUUCCGGCGCUUUUGCCGCAGAUCGAGGUGGUUGCGGGCAGCUGGGCAAAUGCAGACCCAGGCAGGGAGGAAGAGUGGGAGAGCGGUUUGAGGGAGAAACUAGAGAGGGUGGGAAAUGAGGUGGAGACGCAGUGGCGGGACGUGCCGUUUGUGCAGGUGCCCUUGAACGUGACCGAAGACCGGCUACUGGGCAGCGUUGACCUUGAGAAGUCGCUGCAAGGCGGAAGGGCGGCUUUCCAACCCGGGCUGUUGGCAGAGGCGCAUCGGGGGGUGUUGUACGUUGAUAACCUCAACUUGCUAGAUGAAGGGGUUGCAAAUCUUCUCUUCAAUGCAAUCGACCUUGGUUACAACGCAAUUGAGCGGGAGGGCCUCAGCGUGUGGCACCCCUGCCGCCCCGCUGCAGUGAUUGCCACGUGGGACCCCGAAGAGGGGGAGAUGCGGCCGCAUUUACUCGAUCGACUCGCCAUGCACGUGGCGACUGCGGACGGUCCGAUUCGAACCGCGCGUUUUGGACUACCGGUUUCGAAGUCCGGAGACGCUUCUGAACUGACCGGGCAUGAAAAUGGGAGAAGCAAGCCGGUUGAGAACGGGAGGAUGAGUGUUGGUGAGAAUGGAAGUGCAGGGGCUAGGGAGGGGAACGGGCGAGUUGCUGUAAAGGGAGUAGAGUCGAAAGUUUUGAGGGCUUCAAAUGGAGCCGAAGGGAAGGGAACGGGUGUGAAUCGGGCCAGUGAGAAUGGGACGACGGCGAACGGAACAAGUACGAACGGAGUGAAUAUGAGCGGAAAGCAUGUGAACGGAACGAGUGUCAGGGGGACGGGUACGAAAGCUGCCCAGGCGAGAGAGAAUGGAGGCAACGGGGCUAAGAAAGAAACUGGAAAUGGCAGCCCUUGGUUUGGAUUGCGGGGCAUAUUCUCUAGUAGUCGAGGGAAAAGACAGAACGAUGUCAGCAACGGAAACGGCGCUCGAGCUUUGGCUACAGACCAGCAUGCCGUUGAAACGAGGGGCCAGAACGGGGCUAAAGCCGCAAGUGAGAAGGCCGACGAAAACGGAAACGGAAACGGAACCGGAAAUAGAAACGGACACAGCAACGGAAAGGCGCGGCCCGCUUUCGAAUGGCGCCCGGAGGCCGUCGACCGCGUGCUGGGCUUCUCGGACGGCCCUAUCCGACCGGUACAAUCCCCCGACCCAGAAGCGAAUCUCCGUAACAUCGUCGCGAGGGGUCAGGAGAUUCUCCGUGAGGGCGUCACUCUUUCCUCCGAGCAAACCCGGUACUUGGUUCAAGAGGCGAUCCGUGGCCAAUGCGAGGGUCACCGGGCGGAAGCGUUUGCGGCGCGCGUGGCGAAGGCACAUGCCGCGCUGAGGGGCGCCCGGGCAGUAAGUGCGGAGGAUCUGAGGGCGGCGGUACAGCUGGCGGUGCUGCCGCGGAGCAAGGAGGUGGAGACGGAGGAGGACGGAGAAGAGGAAGAGGAGGAAAAGCCAGCUCCUGGGCGGUUCGACCGGGCAGCAGCAGAGGCGAUCGCGCACGAGCAAGCGACCGGGGAAGUCUCGCCCGAGGUGUUGAAGGCGUUGGAAGUGCGGGCGGGGGCCAUGGAGACUCUACGGGGACUCGAGGAAGGGACGACUGAGGAGCAGCUGAAAGCCAUGGAUCCCGAUGACGCCGAAGCUCUCAUCUCUCUCAUCACCGAGCUGGCGUCCCACCUCCAACUCGUCGCGCCCGAAGAGGCCGACUCGCUUUCCCAACCGGGGCCCGUUCCGCCGUUCCGCUCGUGGGACCGGAAGCGUUCCGCUCUCCGGCGGCUUUUCCAGCAGAAAAGCGCGCUCGAGAAAACGCUUGCCGCCGCGCAAAAGGACGACAACCCCGCUGUCGCGGUAGCGGCGAUGUCGCAGCUUAGUCUGGGGUUCAAGAACAAGGACUCGUCGCCGGAUUCCGGGGGUUCCGGCGGAACGGACGACCGGGAGAAGGUGACUUUCGACCAGAAAAGCGAGGGCGGAGAGAAGAACGAGGAGGGGGGGCGGGAAGGCGCGGGGGAGAUGGGAACCAGCGAAGAAGGGGAGGGGCCUCAGGUGGGCGCACUCCCGUCCAAGUUCACCCUCUCGCGCGCGGGCGAAGUGGCCGACCCGGAGCUGCUCAAAAUGCUGCAGCUGAUGGGCAAGCGGAAGCUCGCCAAGGACGAGUCGCGCGGAAAGGUCGGGCGGAACCGGAAGAACCUGGCGGAAUCCACGCUCCGGGGCCGGUACGUCAAGUCCAUCUUCCCCCGGGCGGCGGUUCCGGAGAUGAGUCGCGUCGCGGUCGACGCGACGCUUAGAGCUUCCGCGCCGCACCAGCAGGCGAGACUGGCGGAAAGGGAGCGGAAAAACCGGGGCGAGAGUCGGGUAAAGGUGCAGGUGCGGAUGGAGGACAUACGGGAGAAGAAGCGGAUCCGGAAGGCGACAAACCUGGUCGUGUUUGUGGUCGACACAAGCGGCAGCAUGGAGGCCUUCCUCCACAGCGUGCGCGGCGCGGUUAUCCAGCUCCUCGACCGGGUUUACGUUAACCGGGACCAAGUCGCCAUCAUCCAGUUCGCCAAAAGCGGGGCCACCGUUCUCCUCCCUCCCACCCGCUCCGUCCAAGAAGCCCGAAAGUGCGUCGAACUUAUUUCGCAAACCGGCGGCCGAACCCCGAUCGCCCGGGCGCUGCUAACCGGGUUAGAAACCGGGUUAGCCGCGCAGAAACGGCGCGAGGUGGAGAAGGUGUUAAUAGUCGCGAUUACGGACGCGGACCCGAACGUGAGCCUGUCCGGGAAGAAGGGCACGCGGCUCUCGUACGGCGCUACGUGGGCGUCCGCCUUCUUCCGGUCGGCGCAGAACACGAUGGCGGACGUCCAGCAGGAGGUUUUGGACGUGGCGCGGGUUAUCGGUGACCAGAAAAACGUGAACCUGCUGGUGAUCGACCCCGAGCGGUGGCGGCAGGAGUCGUUUGGGGAGGAGAUCGCGCGCGCCGGAAGCGGGAGAUACUUCCCGCUGCCGGACGUGAGCGCGGAGAGUAUUACGUCCACCGUGCUUGACACCAUGGCGGGGAUGUAAGGCCUUUGCCCAGGGCCCCCUUUGGGAUGGUGUCAAAGGAUGAGUUGGACGAACGGAUGUUAACGGUCUUGUGUUGUGGUUCGAAAGAGCUCAUUAGGAUUGGUUGUGCAUAGUAGUGUGAAUCAGAGCGAGCCAUCUGAGGACCCGGAUUUUAUGCUAUUGGAGCGGAUGAAGACGUUGUGUAUAACAGUGUUGGUUGAUUGCUUCGUGCUACACGCUUGCAGCUACGCUUAAUUGUAGGUUUAAGGGUUUGUACCAGUAGGAAGAGCUAGGCUCUGAAAAGUUUAGGUUGCAAGCUAGCUGUUCGACUUUAGGAUAGACUGCAUGCGCAUGCUACAGACCCAACAUGUGUACCCUCUUGUACCGAACAGAACUUUUGAUUGAGCUUUGUAAGCA